AUGGCAGCGGCAACAGUGGUCGAAAAUGAUCCGACGGCGAGCGAAGGCGGUGCCGCAUCAUUCUCGGAGCCGGAGGUCCACAGCCCUAUCUGGAACGAAUCUCAACUUCGAAAGUAUCCUUUCCAGACCAGACCGAUACCCAGACUCUCUCACACGGAUCCUAGAGCUGAGAUGCUCAUAAACAACGAGGUAAAGUGACACUUGUAAUGUUCUUGUUCGAGUCUGACAGCUAGCUCAAAUUAAGUAAAAUGGUAUUUGUCACAUGCGCCUAAUACAACGGGUGUAUACUUUACCGCGGAAUGCUUGCUUACGAGCCCUUCCCAACGAUGCAGUUAAAAAAUAAUAAGGAAAAUAAAAAAUUGUAACACGAGGAAUAAAAUACACAAGAAUGGAACUAUAUACCGUACAGGGAGUACAGUAUCAGAUCAAUGUGCAGGCCAGGGGUACGAGGUAUUUGGUGAGAAACAAAAUUAACUAGCUAACGAUAGCUAUAUAGCUAGCUGCUACAUUGUCAACUAACGUUAAUCAACAAGUAUUUUGUCUAGCACAUCCCUCCAGCUUGUAUCCUGUAUGUUGUUGGUAAGAUAGCCAAUGUCCUCUCAACUGAAUCAGCUGCCGGGCAAGCUAGCUAGCUAGCCAGCUAACACGAUUUUGACAGUGGUUCUAUUUUUUGUAUCCAGGUUUGUGCUGCAUGGAUCAAAUAUCAUGCAAGAGAGACCCCACUUGGUCUGGGUGAUAGUGGACAAGUCCAGUGUUCUUCCAACCUGGCCCUGGGGUCCUUCAUAGGGUGUGCAGUUCCUGUUCCAAUGUAUUAUGGCAGGGCUUGAUGAUCAGUUGAUUAGGUGAAACGGGUGUUUUUGACGCUGGACUGGAACACAAGCUUGGCUGUAGCCUAGGUUUUGGGCCCCAAGACCAAAGAACACAGGACUUGACAUGCAAGUCUGCAUGGGCAUGGCACUGCAGUGCAGAUAAUCAGUUUGGUGGUAACACAUAUCUGGCCUACCAUAGACUAUCUUAUUUUCAUAGGUAGCCUAUGAAGCAGACUUUUUUUCCCCUCCUGUCUGAUACUGUUUGUCAACCAGGUAAUCUGGACCCCUUGUUAGCAAGCUCCUCUCAGUAUACACGUGCCACCUCCCUUGCUUUAUGUUCAAUAAUAAAACAUCAUGCCUCCACUUGAAUGCUUCUCUCCAAAAGUCAGUCUGCAUUUACUACAUCUGAUAUGUCGUUGAUUCCCAUGAAAUUAUAUCGGCUAGUUGAUUUCUAACUUGACCUACAUCACAGAUAUGCAACAGUCACACCCUGUUAUAACACUGAAAUGCACGUACCACUAAGUAAAUAAAUAUUUCUGAUAUGAGUGUCUUUUGCAUCCAUUGAUCUGCCUUUCUUUGGAAUAUGAUUAUGUGAUGCCAGAUAUUAGGCUACAGCCUGGAAGAUCAAUGCUGGCUGUUAAUAUAUGGCAGGGACAUCUAGGCUAUUACUGUGUAAAUCGGUAACUGUUCACAUAACGGCGAACUGUAGUGAAUAUCAGUUAUAUGUCCCAUACACAAGGCUAGGUGCACAACAGUAUUGUGCAUGGGACAUAUAGGCCUAUACCUGUGGCAGACAUAACUGUGUUGUUUGCUGCGUGAUCUAUCUGCAAAGUAAACGUUUUCUGCAUGCAAAUUACAGGUUUUAUUCCUGGGUCUUUAUUCAGCUAUUUUAUUAUUAUCAUGCUGACACGAGCAGUUGCCAGCAUGAUUCAAAUAUAGCUUUUUUUGUGGUUGAGGAAAGUAGGCAUAGAAUGAUGGUGUUUCCACUAUUAUGACCUGUGGUGAACUCCCAGUGUACUCAGAUGGGAGAGGGGAAGAGAGGAGGAUGGGAGGAGAGGAGGGGUUGCGUUUUGACCAGACACAACAAUGUUGACUAGGAGGUGAAUGAGCUGUUUGAUUCAGAUUUACCGCGCGUUAAACAGUAGAGUACCGAAUAGAGUAGACCAACAAUUUGCUGUUGACAUUAAAUUAGUGUAAUAGCGUCUGUUUCACAUAAGUAAAAGUGAAACAACAUAGUCUGUUGAAAUGGAGCUUCCGUAUCCUAUUCAUAAUUAAUUUAGUAUCUUUUGCCUCUUGCUUCCGCCCUGCUUGCGGUCUUGCUGUAAAGGCUUCGCUAGUGAAAUUCAUUGCAGCGGCACAGCGCGCAUGUUCGUGCUACACAGCCUACGUUCCAACAGUCACGUAGCACUUGCCACUUGUGUCCAAUGGGACCAUCAAUCGCGCUGCCUGCCAGCGAACCGCAGUGUUGUUGAUACACAUAGCUUAUGCAGGCGCUUCCUAUUCCCCAGAAACAGGUGUGCCUUUCUUUGCUACGUGCAUAAGGAUCAUAUGUAUAAUGUAUUAAAAGCUAUUAAAUAUUGAUGAAUUCUCCAUGCAUUUAAUUUGGUCUGACUAUAGCCUAAAAAUUCAAUGCAUCAAAGGAAAACUGAUUAGAUGUAUAAUGAUAUUUAAUGCAUAUAACGUUAGGCCUAUCACUAUUAGGAAAACAUGUUAACAAAUAAUGCAAAAAGUUGAAUACGUUUUGUAUAAUUUAAUCAAAAUUGUUGCUUGCUUCAGUCCUAUAUUAUAACAAAUAAAAAGAUCAGAGUAUAUGCAGUCUUUUUCUAACCUAACAAAUCCUCAUUUUUUGGUUUCUAGGAACCAGUGGUUUUAACAGACACCAAUCUAGUGUAUCCGGCUCUCCAGUGGGACAUCCCGUACCUGCAGGAGAACAUUGGAAGCGGGGACUUCUCUGUGUACAUCGCAGAAAACCACAAAUUCCUCUACUAUGACGAGAAGAAAAUGGCCAACUUUGAGAACUUUGUACCCAAGUCUCGACGGAUAGACAUGAAAUUCUCGGAUUUUGUGGAGAAAAUGCAUAAAACGCAGGAAGAGGGAGGAGAUGAGAGGUAAUGUUAUUGUGUAAAUGGAUAUAUUAAACCAUCAUCUGAGGGAGGAUGAUCUGCUGUUUGAUCUGUUGUCCUGCUGCAGUAGAGCUAGGUCCUUAUGGACAGUUGAUGAAAAAGAUUAGAGACAUUUUAUCAGUACUGAAUAUGAGUGAAAGUAAUAUACAACUUCUCUUAUUUGAGUCACAAAACGUGUGCGUGUGUGUAAUAUGGCCAGAAUCAGAUGAAAUGCUAUCCAGUCUAGGUGUUUGCGUUGCAGGUGUGCUGCUCAUUAGUCGAAAGUCAAAUGUUGAGUGAGUCAAAUGAAAUCUAAUGCAGGAACUGAAGUAGCUAGCUGUCGAGAAUGACUAAGCAUUUAUACGGCAUCUUGGGAACACUUUGUACCAUUGCCACCUGACUGAGUUACAUGGCCUGGGAGACACACACACACAUCACUUACUGCACUGAGCCCCUUCCUUAAAGCUAAUGCUUGCUGCUUGUGUCCACGUACUGUAGAUUUAAUCAGUUAAAUGACGUUUUCUGUCACAUUAUAUAGUAGUGGUUUUGUGCAAUGUUUGUUGCAUGGCAUUACUGUUUUCUGAUUGAAAUCAUUCUUUGUGGUUUGGCAAGGAAUACUUUCUUCUGAGCCGAGUUGAACAUUUAUAUUGGCAAGACAAGCUUUAAUUUCCGAAUGCACGUAAACUUGCUGAGUACACUUGACUCCUGAUAAGUGCAAACUCUGUAUGUGCAUUGCAGUUCAACUGUCCCUAUUCAAUUGCAUUCCUCUUAAUUGCUCUGUAUAUCUGUGUUAUCCACUGGGCUUACAGCAGCAUAUUCACAACAGUUCCAAUCUGUUUUCUUUUAUCAGUUGUUGACUACAGUUACAGCAUUACCUCUUCUUUGGACUGCAUUAAUGACAGAGUGCCAUGAAGGACAGUCUUAUCCUAUCUUUGUGUCUCUAUCCAGAUUCUGCUCCACAACUAGCUCCAGGAGCACUGUACUUCAGCUCCCUCUGUGGCUGUGCUCCUUCCAAAAUAUGUGCAAAGCUGAAGAUCCAUUUCCAUCUCAGCAGAUGGACUAAUUCUAUUCUAUUCUGUUCAUCCUCCCAGGGUGUACCUGCAGCAAACCCUGAACGACACAGUGGGCAGGAAGAUCGUGGUGGACUUUCUGGGUUUCAACUGGAACUGGAUCACCAAGCAGCAGAGCAAGAGGAACUGGGGCCAGCUCACCUCCAACCUGCUUCUCAUAGGCAUGGAGGGUAAGAGACCUAGCCCUGGCCUAUAGGAAUGGAGGGUAAAGAGACCUAGCCCUGGCCUAUAGGAAUGGAGGGUAAGAGACCUAGCCCUGGCCUAUAGGAAUGGAGGGUAAGAGACCUAGCCCUGGCCUAUAGGAAUGGAGGGUAAGAGACCUAGCCCUGGCCUAUAGGAAUGGAGGGUAAGAGACCUAGCCCUGGCCUAUAGGAAUGGAGGGUAAAGACCUAGCCCUGGCCUAUAGGAAUGGAGGGUAAGAGACCUAGCCCUGGCCUAUAGGAAUGGAGGGUAAAGACCUAGCCCUGGCCUAUAGGAAUGGAGGGUAAGAGACCUAGCCCUGGCCUAUAGGAAUGGAGGGUAAGAGACCUAGCCCUGGCCUAUAGGAAUGGAGGGUAAGAGACCUAGCCCUGGCCUAUAGGAAUGGAGGGUAAGAGACCUAGCCCUGGCCUAUAGGAAUGGAGGGUAAAGACCUAGCCCUGGCCUAUAGGAAUGGAGGGUAAAGACCUAGCCCUGGCCUAUAGGAAUGGAGGGUAAAGACCUAGCCCUGGCCUAUAGGAAUGGAGGGUAAGAGACCUAGCCCUGGCCUAUAGGAAUGGAGGGUAAGAGACCUAGCCCUGGCCUAUAGGAAUGGAGGGUAAGAGACCUAGCCCUGGCCUAUAGGAAUGGAGGGUAAGAGACCUAGCCCUGGCCUAUAGGAAUGGAGGGUAAGAGACCUAGCCCUGGCCUAUAGGAAUGGAGGGUAAGAGACCUAGCCCUGGCCUAUAGGAAUGGAGGGUAAAGACCUAGCCCUGGCCUAUAGGAAUGGAGGGUAAAGACCUAGCCCUGGCCUAUAGGAAUGGAGGGUAAAGACCUAGCCCUGGCCUAUAGGAAUGGAGGGUAAGAGACCUAGCCCUGGCCUAUAGGAAUGGAGGGUAAAGACCUAGCCCUGGCCUAUAGGAAUGGAGGGUAAGAGACCUAGCCCUGGCCUAUAGGAAUGGAGGGUAAGAGACCUAGCCCUGGCCUAUAGGAAUGGAGGGUAAAGACCUAGCCCUGGCCUAUAGGAAUGGAGGGUAAAGACCUAGCCCUGGCCUAUAGGAAUGGAGGGUAAGAGACCUAGCCCUGGCCUAUAGGAAUGGAGGGUAAAGACCUAGCCCUGGCCUAUAGGAAUGGAGGGUAAGAGACCUAGCCCUGGCCUAUAGGAAUGGAGGGUAAGAGACCUAGCCCUGGCCUAUAGGAAUGGAGGGUAAGAGACCUAGCCCUGGCCUAUAGGAAUGGAGGGUAAAGACCUAGCCCUGGCCUAUAGGAAUGGAGGGUAGAGACCUAGCCCUGGCCUAUAGGAAUGGAGGGUAAGGAACUGAGGGGUUUAUAAGAAUGAAGGGUAAGCAGGGUUUUCCCAGGAUGUUUUAACAAGGUUGGUGCUGCUGAGUACGGGGGAGGGGGGGAUGGGAGGCCCGGAGGGAGUCAGUGCCCCCCUUUUGACUCAGAGAUUUUUGCGGCUUUUAACACCUGUAACCGCCAUUUCCUGCAAUCUAGAUCCAUAAAUGAUAACAAAUAGUUUUUCUUUUAAAGUUACAAAAUCAGCACCACUUUUACAUUCUUUGGGGAGAACCCUGGUAAGGAAGGGACCCUGGGGCUUUUAGGCAUGGGGACCAUGGCUAGUAGGUGAUUUCUCUAGUCAUAUUAGACAAGGAAAUUAUAAAUAGUAUAUCUACAAUGUGGGUGCCAUAUAUCGCUGAUGGAAAGAGUGAAGUAUCCUGUAUCAAUGUGCAGUAAAAAGCCUUGUGGAAAGGGCAUUAUGAAAGAAAUCCACUCGCCUUAAAUAAGCUGAAAUUAGCUUAAGGGCAUUGCUCCUCCACAGACAGACAGGUAAUCCUGUGAUCUGCUCAAUGUUUGUAGGCAACGUGACGCCAGCCCAUUACGACGAGCAGCAGAACUUCUUUGCACAAAUCAAAGGUUACAAGAGGUGCAUCCUGUUCCCUCCCGACCAGUUUGAGUGUCUCUACCCCUUCCCUGUUCACCACCCCUGUGACAGACAGAGCCAGGUAAACCCUACUUUUUGAUUUAAUUCAUUUGACAAUUUUAAAACAAUCAACCAGACGUGGAUACAAUGUAAUCAUAGAGGAUAACACAUCAAGGAAAACGUAUUUCAAUUGUGGUCCCUUUUGAAACCGGUAAGAAGGUUUGUGGAAUAGGCCAAACACAACAGCGUGUUUGAUUUGAUAUGCAGUGGCUUUUCUGUUUCUCAACUGUUUCUGUUUGUUUUUAAUUUAUCUUACUAACAGCAAGUUUGCUUUCGCCAUUUGUAGGUUGACUUUGAGAACCCUGACUAUGAGAGGUUUCCCAACUUCAAGAAUGUGGCGGGCUAUGAGACUGUGGUGGGCCCUGGAGAUGUUCUGUACAUCCCCAUGUACUGGUAGGAGCUGCUUUACACUGUUCUACCUAGUAGUAUGUGUGUGGUGGGAUCCCAUGUACAGUACAGUGUGUAUUGGUAAGAGUAGUUCUGUACUGUGUCUGAAAAUAGACAGUUUUUGAUGUUGUUUUCUCACUGAGGAUUCUGUCGCUGAAAUGCCAACACUGUGCCAUUGUGGAACCAGGCUGGUCAGUUUGACCUGUUGGUGACAUUGUAAAUGAUCUGAGAAUCCUGCUCUGUUUUCAUUUCAUGGCUAAUUCAGGUGGCACCAUAUUGAGUCCCUGCUGAGUGGUGGAGUGACCAUCACUGUCAACUUCUGGUACAAGGUAAUGUAUGUGCUCACUGAAAUAUGCCAACAUGUAUCACCAUAUCAGUAUAAUUUUUACUACAUUCAUGUCAACUAAUGUUGUGGCACCCCGAAGAAGGCAGUAUUACAGUCAAAAUAUUGGUUAAAUGAAUUGAAUAACUUUGCAUUGAAGGAUAGAUUUCUCACUGUGCAGUCUUCACUAGUCAUUUUAAAUCAGCAUGGAUCACCUUGAUACAUUAGAGGACAUGUUAUAUUUCUGUCCUCACUACAUGAUCUGUCAUUCCCCCAGGGUGCACCCACGCCCAAGAGGAUAGAGUACCCACUGAGAGCUCAACAGAAGGUGGCCAUCAUGAGAAACAUAGAGAAGAUGCUAGGGGAGGCACUGGGAGACCCACACGAGGUACUGAAACUGGACAAAUGAGGAAUAUUCUGAUGGUAUUUAUUUAUGGGAGAUCUAGCCUGGUAUGUUAAAGCAAUUGUACACGAGAGGCCGUGGGUUUGGACUUUUUUAGCACGGCUGUGCUGCGGUCGUAGGUACGAGGUAAAGCCCACCCAUCACAAUGCUUGUUUUCACCAACGAGUUGUAGAAAGCCUGGUAUUUGAAUGCACUGGCUACUUUAGGCAUAUCUGGCAUGAUGUCAUAUAUCUGGGCAUGACAGCCAUAAUGUCAUAUAUCUGGGCAUGACAGCCAUAAUGUCAUAUAUCUGGGCAUGACAGCCAUAAUGUCAUAUAUCUGGGCAUGACAGCCAUAAUGUCAUAUAUCUGGGCAUGACAGCCAUAAUGUCAUAUAUCUGGGCAUGACAGCCAUAAUGUCAUAUAUCUGGGCAUGACAGCCAUAAUGUCAUAUAUCUGGGCAUGACAGCCAUAAUGUCAUAUAUCUGGGCAUGACAGCCAUAAUGUCAUAUAUCUGGGCAUGACAGCCAUAAUGUCAUAUAUCUGGGCAUGACAGCCAUAAUGUCAUAUAUCUGGGCAUGACAGCCAUAAUGUCAUAUAUCUGGGCAUGACAGCCAUAAUGUCAUAUAUCUGGGCAUGACAGCCAUAAUGUCAUAUAUCUGGGCAUGACAGCCAUAAUGUCAUAUCUGGGCAUGACAGCCAUAAUGUCAUAUCUGGGCAUGACAGCCAUAAUGUCAGAUAUCUGGGCAUGACAGCCAUAAUGUAAUAUCUGGGCAUGACAGCCAUAAUGUCAUAUAUCUGGGCAUGGCAGCCAUAAUGUCAUAUAUCUGGGCAUGACAGCCAUAAUGUCAUAUAUCUGGGCAUGACAGCCAUAAUGUAAUAUCUGGGCAUGACAGCCAUAAUGUCAUAUAUCUGGGCAUGGCAGCCAUAAUGUCAUAUAUCUGGGCAUGACAGCCAUAAUGUCAUAUCUGGGCAUGACAGCCAUAAUGUAAUAUCUGGGCAUGACAGCCAUAAUGUAAUAUCUGGGCAUGACAGCCAUAAUGUAAUAUCUGGGCAUGACAGCCAUAAUGUAAUAUCUGGGCAUGACAGCCAUAGUCAGAAGAGUUGGCUAAACCUAAGAACAAACUUAUCUGGACCAGGCUGCCAAAGAUCCCAUAGACACACUAGUUCCAGAGCUAGAACAUGACUACAUCAUUUUUAGAACAUCAAAUUACAUUUCACAGCUCUGAGAUCCCAAUGAGAUUCCAUUGAGAUGAAGAUUCUCGCUGGUUCCAUAACUAGAACAUGACAUCAAAUGAAUGACAUUCCAUUUGGCUGCUCUGUAUUUAGUUGGUCCCGUAGGAAUAGUGCAGAAAGCAUGCCAUGCCCGGAAUCUUUACGGCUCCGGAACGCUGACCCUGAUAGCAACCCAAUUACUGUGAAUAUUUAUGGUCUACCUGAUUUAGCACAGAGUGAAUGGAAGAAGGGGGGAGAUGUGGUACAGUACAAAGACAGGAGGACAGGACACUCAGUGAAACAACGCUAUAGCUACAAUAUCUUACCUAAUAGUAGGCACUAAAAGGUUUUCAACAACUGACUUGUUUUAUUGCAACUGUGUUUUAAUGCAUCUAUGUGCUUUCUGUUCCGUAGGUUGGUCCUUUAUUGAAUAUGAUGAUUAAAGGCCGAUAUGACCAGGGAUUCAGCUAGGUACUGCCUCAAAACUGUCUGUAUGUGUGUUUGUGCGUGCCCAGGACAUACACCUGAUUGUGUGUUUGUAGGUGAGCGUGUGUGUGCAGACACGUGUUUGUGCAUUCAGACUGUUGAGCUAGCAGUGACUUGGCCAAUCAGCCAUUUUGACUCUGUUUUGAUUGUCUGGGAGCCAUAAUCAUCGCAACUUCAGCCACCAGUGGGAAGACAAUAGUGGACGGACGGACCAGCCAUGGAGACCCUCAUGUAGUAUGCUGUCAGAGAGUGCUACUCAGUUGAGGAACUGUGUAAACUACACAAUGUAGAGUUGUGGUAUUUUUGUGGGAGUCGAGCGAUAGGCAGCCGUGUAGGUAUCAAAGAAUAACCCCCAAACACCCUCAAAGUGGAAGUUGCCCAUAAUUAACCACUGAUGCAGGGUCAGAUAUUAGACAUUCUAUCAUCACACGCAAUAAGAUUGGGGUUGGGAAAAUCUGAUCCUAGAUCUGUAGUUGGGGGUGUGUUGUUAGUCAUAACCAACAAGAUAAUCCCUUCCUCUAUUCAACCGCUCCCCUGUCAUUACAGUUUGUAACCAUAGCAACACACAUGUAGCUUGAAUAUUAAAUAGGGAAUAGAUUUGUAGUAACUAAAGUAGCCCUACUUAUUUUAUGACAAACUUCUCAAUUAAUUUGCGGCACAUGCACCCUGAAAGAGAUGAGUCAUAUUCCUGUUCUUCUGUUGAUUUAAUGGUUGACUAGUCAGACUGGUUGACUAG